AUGUUUCUGCUCACCACCCUCUCCAUUGCUGCCCUCCCGGCACUCGCCCUCGGCCACAAUAACAACCAUCUAUUCCAAGCCCGCCAGGCAUCCACAACUUCAUCCUCCGCUGCCGCAAGUUCGAGCGGGUCCACUUCUGCUGCCUCUGGCUCGUCCGCCAGCGGUGCUUCUGUAACCGCCGCAUCGAGCGGGGCCUCUUCUCUACCAGCCCCCUCGGUGUCGCUGUUGUCUACCAACCCCACUGCCGUGCCACUUACCCAGAUUGUAUCCAAUGCACCCUCGGCAGCCACUGGUUCUGUCACUACCACUUUCGCUGCUGGUUCAACGCCUUCAGCGAUCUCUGGAGCACCAGGUCUUCCAGAUAUCUCGAAGCUCUCGCCUAGCAACUACCCCGCCCUAGAUACACCUCCUCCCACUGACUCGGCCGAGGUCCAGCAGUGGAUCAAGGAUGUUGCCAACUCUGGCGUUACCAUCCCUGAUAUCCCUCUGACCGUUGCUGGUGGAUGCCCCUCCAACCCAAACGCCGUCACAAACGCUUCUCAAAAUGGCUGGUGGACUUGCGGUGGCUACACUCGUGAUACCGACAUCGUCGACUGCCCGGACAAAAUGACUUGGGGUCUCACGUACGAUGACGGACCCGCCUUCUACACUCCCGACCUUCUCGCAUACCUCGACCAAGUCAACCUCAAGUCAACCUUCUUCACAGUCGGUUCCCGUGUGAUUUCUUUCCCCGGGAUGUUGCAAGAAGAGUACAUGGCCGGCCACCAGAUCGCCGUCCACACCUGGUCGCACCCGUCCUUGACCACGCUCUCCAACGAAGAAAUCAUCGCCGAGUUCGGCUGGUCCAAGAAGGUCAUCUAUGACGUUCUCGGUGUUACUCCCAAUCAGUUCCGUCCUCCAUUCGGUGACAUCGAUGACCGUGUUCGUGCUAUUGCCAAAGCGAUGGGCUUGACGCCUGUCAUCUGGACUCGUAUUAGCGCUACCGCUACAUUCGACACCGGAGACUUCGACAUCCAUGCUGGUACGAUCACGCCCCAACAGGUUCUUCAGAACUGGGAGAACAUUAUGGGCAACGCCUCCGCUAUCGAUACCGGAUUUAUCGUCUUGGAGCACGACCUGUUCCAGCAGACCGUCGAGCUGGCCACCGGAUACAUUCUUCCUGAUGCUAUCGCCCACGGAUCGUACAACAUCAUGCCCGUCAUUAGCUGCUUGAACCUCCCACUGUCAGAUGCCUAUAUCGAGACCAACGACAACAGCACCAACCCGCCAGCGGUCUCGGGUACGUCUCUCCCUCGAGAACUUUCGAUGGCUAUGGUCUGA